UCACAAGUACUCAGGGAGUAUUUUUGCCUUUCCUCUCUUUCUGAUGGUCUCUCUCUUGAAAUUGCAAUUUUAGUCUCCCUUUUGAGUAUCAUCAUUUUGAAAUAAUAAAACAUUAUGUCCAAUUGAAUUGUUCACCUCUAACUGUGAUUUAUUUGAUAUGAUUAAUUUUUCUAAUUAAAAGAGACUGUUUUCAUUAAGGCACCCCUCAUUUGUAUGUGGCAACUGUGAAUUAAGACAAUUUAAAAUAGUGUUUGGAUUAACAUGGCGGAACCAAGGCUGAUAGACAUCAAGAGCUCAUCGACAGCUGAAGAAGACUCAGAGGAUGAAUCUGAGGUCUUGGAAGAAAGCCCUUGUGGUAGAUGGUUGAAGAGAAGAGAAGAAGUAGAACAGCGAGACAUACCUGGUAUAGAGGCAACAUACCUGGCUAUGGAUACUGAAGAGGGUGUAGAAGUCGUCUGGAAUGAAGUUAGAUUUUCAGAGAGAAAAUAUUUCAAAGCUCGUGAAGAAAAGAUUAGUCAAAUUUUUAAUCGCUUAAUACAGUUGGAUCAUCCUAAUAUUGUAAAGUUGCAUAAAUAUUGGAUGGACAAAGAUGUUGAUAAACCUAGAGUGAUAUUUAUUACGGAAUAUAAUUCAAGUGGAUCGCUCAAACAGUUUCUCAAGAAAACCAAACGGAACCAAAUUAAAAUGGCUUUACCCGCCUGGAAACGUUGGUGUACCCAAAUUUUGUCUGCAUUAUGUUAUCUUCAUUCAUCUCAGCCUCCUAUAAUUCACGCCAAUUUAACUUGCGACACAAUUUUUCUCAGUCACAAUGGUCUAAUCAAAAUCGGUGCUGUGGCUCCAGACGCAAUACAUCGGCAUAUCAAAACCGUUCGGGAGCAAACUAUGGCAAAUUUAUAUUUUGUAGCCCCUGAGUUAGGAGAGAUUACCGGUGAAACAUCUACAGCAUUAACACCAGCAGUUGAUAUUUAUUCUUUUGGUAUGUGUGCCCUGGAAAUGGCAGCUUUAGAGAUAUCAAACAAUAAUGGGGAAAGUAGUAGUUCUUCUGCACAAGUGACUGAAGAAGCAAUAAACCGGACAAUCGAUUCUCUGGAAAAUCCUUUACAAGCUGAUUUUAUAAGACAAUGUUUACGUAAAAAUCGAUUAGAACGACCCACAUCGAAACAACUUUUAUUUCAUCCUGUUAUUUUUGAAGUUCCAUCCCUUAGAUUAUUGGCUGCUCAUGUAAUUGUCGAUACACCCUCAUACCAACCUGAACAACUCACAGAAGAAGCUUUGCAAAGAUUUCUACAAUCUCAAUCAGCUGAUAAUGUUUUAGCCGAAAUAAUUCAUAAAGAUGGACGUCCUGGUACGUCUAUAAAGUGCUGUGAUGCUCCCAGAGCGGAAAUGGAAAAAUUUUUUGAAGAAGUUCGAAACGGGGCUUAUCCGUUAACCGCUAUCAUUCCUACUUCCCGUCCACCCAUAAUUACAAGACAGAGCACAACUUCACCGAUAGGAGAAGAAUCGCUUAAACCAAAUUCACCGGAAAAUAUGUAUGAUGAAGAGAAUCGCAGAAUAUUGAACAUGAUGUGCGACAUUAAAUCUAUUCCUGAAGGUGAAGCUCUUCUUGUGCUUAAAUUAACCCUCUUGUUAACCAUGGAUGACAGAAUGAACCGUCAACUGUCAUGUGAAAUAACGGAACAAGAUUCUCCCCAUUCUUUAGCUAAAGAGCUUGUUGAAUUUGGUUUUAUACACCAGGAUGAUUGUGAUAUGGUUGCAACCUUGAUUGCUGAUACGAUCAGCAGAAGCAGGUUAACUUCCGAUCCAACGUUGUCAACCACCGCUACUACGGCACAUACUCAAGCAAUUUCUGUAUAAAAUGUUUUUUGGGAUCAAAGUUCGAAGUAUCUUUUUUUGGUCGGUCCCAAGAUGCAGAUGAAAGUUUGGAUCAACAAACGAAACACGAGAGACGGUAACAAGUUUGGAUUCAUGAAGCAUCUUAAUGAAGGAGACGAUAUCAAACCAAAUCGUCUCUUGAAGAAGAUAAAAUUCUAUCACUCACUCUUAUUUCACUUUUUGUUUAAAGUAAUUCAAAUUUUUGGAUUUACCUAAAUAAACAUCAGUUGAGUGAUAGAGAGCUAAGGACAGCAAGAUAAAAACAAACUUUUUUACUUAUACUCUUCAUGCUUUCCCUUUUACAUUCAAAAUUUAAUAAUCGCACCCUCAACCAAAAGAAAAGUCAUCCAAAAAGCUCGAUUCAGUCUGUUGAAGUCUGGACGGAAAGCAAAGAUUUGGACGCUCAUCAAUUACAAACAAAGCAAACAAAAGGGAGGAAAGGACUGGACCAAGAAGAUGGACUUACAAAACCCAUUCACUUCGUUUUUCGCAUCGUUUUUAUAUCUCGAUGAUUAUUUCUCAGAGGGAAAGUGUUUGCAAAGCAAAUCCAAGUGCAAGCUAAAAUUAUCAAGAUGAUGUCGGAGCCAAGAGAGCCAACAAUUGUGAAUUAAGCCAUAGCUUCCAGACUUAAAGUAAUAGUCUCUUUUUCUUCGCUAAUUUUUUGCGUAAAUUGACUCUUCCUUGACCUCAUCUUUGAAUAUAAAGAUGACGAGAAAAUAAAGGGAAACAGAAUUGGCCUUGCUAAACUGUCCUAAAAUGCUACCAACUUCAAUAUUAAGAAUGAUUUGCAUGCUACUUGAGAUGAUAAUGAUAAUGAUUAUGAUGGUGAUGAUGAUAACGAUGAAAUGUUGAUAAAUGUGAUGAAAGUGACUUUAUUAUUAAUUAUGAAGUUGUUUACUUUUUAUUUCCCCGUUAAUAGUAUAUUUAAUGUUAUUGAUGAUGACGAGGACGGUAAAUUUGAUAACAAUUAUCACAGAGACAAAAGCAUAAGAAAGAGAAAGAGAAAAAUUUAAAUCGAUUCGGAAGCAAACAAUUUACCGUGACGAUUUUUUGUAUAAAUUUUAAAUGCCAAAAUACACGGGAAACAAUUUAAAGUGAGACUCUUACCAAGGUCAAAGUCAAUUUUCCCAUUCACAAUCACUUUAUUAUUAAAAAAUGAAUCUCUAAUUGUCAUUGAAUUAGAGUCAUAAAUAUAAGUGAUUGUCUGUAUAAAAAUGCAAAGUAUCGCGCUGUAACCUAAUUGUUCAAUAUCUCACUGAUCAACCAACUAAUAUGCGCAUCAUUUAUAGAUAACCGAAUCAAAAACCAGUUGCAAUUAGUCGUUAACCACUUCUCUUAAACCAAUCUAACGGACUUGGCAAGCCAAGUUUCAAAGCGAUCAUUCAAUUUUCAUUUUUGUAAAAAUGGGUCCUUUUUUGGGCCAUUUCCAUCUCGAGCUUAUUUUACAUUUUAUUUCCAUUUAAAAAUCAUUUUAAUCAAGAUCUCAAUUUCAUUUGUUGAAAAUCUCCAUUUUGUUCCUUAACUUUUUUACCCUUUUUUUCAACAGCCAAGUUUCAAGCCAUGUUCAACAUUAAACAGCUAUAAUUGUCAACCUUCUAUGACGUAAUUUUGAAAAAAUGUUCAAUUACAUCUACUUUUGGCUUUCAUCGCCAUCGCAAUUGUACUACAUGGCAACAAAUGGAUUAAGGACGUAAUGAAAUUGAAUUGAUGAAGACAGAUUGGCAAAUUGUAAAGGACAAUCAACACAAAGAGUUGAUCAUUUUUAAACGGUUGAAUUGUAUUCCUGUUAUUUAUCAUUGUUGAUCUAAUAAUUACGGUUACGGAUUGUAGAACUCUUUCAUCUUGUUUUUAUACUUGAAAUACACUUUUAAAUAUGAAUAA